CAACCCGUUCAGCCAGGGAAUUACCUGCUAAGCCUCUCUCAUGCUAGGACGUCAAGAGGUUAGGACAAACAGAAGAGAUCCAAGCGAAGACGAGCAACAACCAAGGCCAGUGUCUUGAUUACUUUUCUUGCCUUGUUGGGGACACGUAAAGCAUGUCCAAAGCAGUAGAAAGAACUUCUUCUACAGCGUCUGCAGACUCCACUUCAACGGAUGGCAAAAGCGGGACUUUCUCGUCUCGGGGGUCUCCAUCCGGCUCGGUGUCAGAGACGCCAAAGAAGUCCUCCAAAAAGUCCAAGAAAUCCACGGACAGCAUGACCAAAGUCUACAAUUCUGUGCUCCACAGUGUUUUUGGAGCUGAAAGGGAAUUAGCACAAGGUGAAUUAGACGAGCUACAAGAGGCCUUCAAGGAGUUUGACUAUGACCAAGAUGGCUACCUGAACUACAAGGACGUGGCAGAGUGCAUGAGGACCAUGGGCUACAUGCCCACCGAAAUGGAGCUGCUGGAGAUAGUGCAGCAGAUCAAAAUGAGAAUGGGUGGACUAAUGGACUUCGAGGACUUUAUUGAACUGAUGGGUCCCAGAAUGAUGGGAGAGACUGCAGACAUGCUGGGUCUCAAAGAGCUGCAGUCAGCUUUUCUACAAUUUGACUUGGAUGGAGACGGGAAGAUCACCCAGGAUGAGAUGAAGGAGGCAGCCAAGUGCCUUCUGGGCGAGAAGCUAAAGAAAGGAGAGCUGGAGGAGAUCCUGAAGGAGUUGGACAUAAACGCAGACGGCAACAUUGACUUUGAAGAGUUUGUCAUGAUGCUCUCCAUCCGCUAGUGUCCAGAGGUUAGCACUCCUGUAACUGAACCAUUGCAAAAACAGAAAAUCUAACAAUGACAUUUUAAUUGUAACUUUGUUGUAGAGCAAGACGCAACAGUACAUGGUUUGUCAAAAUGGUAGAUGGGUUACACUUGUGUAGCACUUUUCUACCUUCAGGGUACUUAUAGCACUUUGACAGCAUUUCCACAUUCACACACACACACACAUUCACACACUGAUGGCGAGAGCUGCCAUGCAAGGCACUAACCACGACCCAUCAGGAGCAAGGGUGAAGUGUCUUGCUCAGGGACAAAACGGACGUGAGGAUGGCGGAAACUGGGCAUGGCCACUCUAUCAACUGAGACACACCGUUCCCAAAUAAUAAAUAAUGAAGGCAGAACAGAACAACUUGAUGUGUAAAUAAGUGCAUAACAUGUUUUCUUAAUUUAAUAAAGAAAUUCAAACUUUG